UGGGUCAAAGACCAGGACUCUCCCGUUCAUUCGAUACCCUCUGAUUCUUCGCACGAAUCGUAUUACCAUCUUCGAUGGAAGGCGCUUCAGCAGCGUCAAACUUCCUCUCUUGGCAUCACCCCUUACGAUAUGGACGUCCUUUAUCAGUUUUGGUCGCAUUUCCUGAUCCGCAAUUUCAAUACUCGAAUGUAUGACGAAUUCCGCCAUUUUGCUUUCGAAGACGCAGCCCACAGGAUGACUGACGUUGGGCUUUCAAAUCUGAUUAAAUUUUACAGCGAGUCGUCGGUGUCGCCGCAGAGCGUGAUACGCGAGCGUGUGGCCUCCGACUACGUGGAUCUGGUGAAAGCAGAGGAUGAGCAUCAUCACCCAGCUUUUACGCAAUUACAAUCCGCAUUGCGCAAUGGCACCAUGAACGCUUGCAGUCGGAAGCGUAUCGACGACUUGCUGGAUGACGACCUCCUGGCUUCCCUGGAGUCGUGA